AUGUCGAAUCUUCCUCAUCAGCCCGAUGGGCCCGAGGACCCAUCCCCCUCUUUCCCCCCCGGCACCGUUUGUAUCAUCGCCCUUGAUCGCCGCCCAUAUCCUAUUUCCCCCGAUACUAUGCUUAACCACACGACGGACCUUGUGAGAAAAAGCGCCGACGGCUUACGCGCUCGCGGUCUUCGACUCGAGGGUGACGAAGACAUUCGUGCUGUUGGCAAUAUUUUGUUCGCUGGUUACCAGCAAAGCAGCAUGCCUUCCACGCCUCCUGACACUCAAGUCAACGACGGGCCCAACGCUAAUGCCGCCGCGACUGUCGACUCCGAUCCCGCUCCUACGGCUCCGGUAUCUGGGACCGCCCGCCCUCAAGAUCGGCGGAAUGCCUCCGUGGCAGACCCUCUGGGUCUAAAGAGUCGCCGCGCGAAUCCCGAUUUCAAGCCGGAGGACUGGACGGAAAUCUUCCCGCGGUUUGCCGUACUCCUCAUACAGCAGUUCAACGUGGGCGUGUGGGGCGAGGCCGCCGCAAUGGCGGCCGUCGUAAUCUUAUACCAGGACAUACCUCCCGAACAAUGGUGCUCCUGGGGCCAGUGGCGAACUCAGUUUACCAACAGGGAGCUGUAUUUCAGUAAGGAGGGCAAUAAUCGCGAUUACAUCGAGUGGUGUAUUGAAAGGGGCCGCUUUCCACUGAACCCGGCCCGGGCGUGUCGUUAUCUGGGGGAGAACAACCCCGGCGCCAUCUACGGCUCGACCUCUGAAAAGAUCCUCACCGACCGUUUCAAGCGAGGCGAUUUUGACUUUCUAGACAAUCUCAGCGAUGUCCCGGUUCGUCGUCGUGGUAACAAUGCCCCCGUUAACGCCCACCAGGCCGAUGCCGCGAACGGUCCCGUUGAGGCGGAAGACUCCCUCUUUGUCAGCGCCGGCGACGGAAGCGAUGUUGUUGACACCGCCGAUCCCGACCAGACCGCGACCGAGGUUGACGCUGAUGGUAAUUCCCCGCUUGGAGAGGAUGCCGACUUGACUUUCGGCGGUUUCGUCAAUUCUGAUCUCGACUCUGCCACGAACCAGAACGCUCCGGACGUCCCUCACGAUAUUAACCAUCCCAUUCCCGCCGCGGCCCCUCUCGAAAUGGCCAACUCGUUUGUUACCGCGGAGGACGUUUCUUUGAAUGGAGGUAACUUCACGCCUACUCCAGAGCUGUGGGCGGAAGAUUUCGACGAGGGUGAUUUUAAUCUCGACUCUGCCACGGGACGGAUUGUUACCGACCUCGUUCAAGAUGCUUCUUUUAUCCCCGAGCUGACCCCUGCCGGAAUGGGUGACUCCUCUUUCAUGACCCACAACCGCCCUCCUUUCAUUCAAGGUCAGGCCGCUGGUGGCGAGGUCGGCUAUGGUACGGUGAGCAACGUUGCCGCCAACCGCAAUACCGGCCUGGACAAUGACCCGUUUAGAAAUGGCCCUGUCACCGACUUCGUGGCCUCGAAUAUGUACCCGGCCUCGGGCUAUUCAUCGAUGUAUGACGACUACGCCGAUGCUCUACAGACCACCGGACAAUUUGGUCAACAUGAUUCAACCAGCAAUGCUGAGGACCACAUGAUGACCGAUGUACCCAUCGAUCCCGCUAUCUUGGAGGAAUACAACCGCAGGGUGAGCGAAGGUAACAACCAGUGA